AGCAAGAGUAUUAUGUAUCGAACCGCGGACAGAGAUAAAAAGUAGGAAGCAGCCAGAAAUAUUUUUAUCUAAAGGUUGUUGUAAUUCAAGUAGUGGCAGAGUGGGGCAAGAUUAUACAACCAGGGCUCAUCUGCGUUCAGUUCACUGUCAACAGUUAAGUCUCGAUUGUUGUUUUAUUACCACACAACUCACCGUUGCAAUACUAACAUACAAUACAGUUAGUAGUCUUCCUUGUUAUAUAUAUUAUAAUCCACAGCUUAAACUAUAAAUUAUUUAACUCAAUGAAGGUUUGAAACGAGGCCGAUAAUUGUUCAGUGAUUUACGCAGUGUCAUUUUAUUAGCUGUCAUCUAUAUGAGUGACAAUGAUAACACUAAAUAAAGUGAUUUUACUUUUGUUUAUCGCUUUUUCAUGUGCAAUAAGUUGUAUAAGUGGAAUCGCGAGUGCUGAGAAAAAGUACAAAAUUCUCGGGUUUUUCAGCCACCCGGGUAAGAGUCACUUCGACGUUUUCAAGCCCUUGAUCGAUGAAUUAGCAAACCGCGGGCAUGAUAUUACAGUGGUGUCGUAUUUUCCGCGAAGUAACAACACUCAGAAAAAUUAUCAUGACGUAAGCUUGAUAAAUAAAUUCAAUCCGUUCGUUAAUGUCGUCAAUUUGAACCAAAUAAUGCAUACGCCGCUAACUAGCUUUUUAGAGAUGAACCACUUACGUAACAUGGGACUGCAGAGUUGCGAAGACGCCCUCAAUUUGCCCCAGGUUAAAAACUUGUUGAAAAACAAGCCCAAGUUCGACUUGAUGCUGACCGAAAUUUUCAACUCGGACUGUUCUCUGGCGGUUGUCAAUUAUCUCAAUAAUCCACCGUUUAUUGGGUUGUCCUCACAUGUCCUGAUGCCAUGGGCGAAUGACCGGAUAGGUAAUCCGGAUAAUCCGAGUUAUGUGCCACUGGUAUUCCACGGGUUCGCCCUGAAUAUGAAUUUUAUCGAACGGUUGGGCAAUGCAUUCAGUUUGGUGUACGCCAAAAUAUUUUAUGAACUUGCAAUCAAUCGAGCGACCGAGAAGGUUGCUGAGGAGGCUUUGGGGUUGUCGGGUAAGCGGCUGAGUGAUAUUGCACGUGAUACCGCUGCUAUACUGGUUAACACGCAUUACUCGUUGCACGGCUCUAAACCACAUUUGCCAAAUAUAGUGGAAGUUGGAGGCAUACACAUCAAUCCCUCUUCAUUACCAGGAGAGUUGCAAGAGUACCUCGAUAACGCUUACGAGGGAGUUUUGUUCUUCAGUUGGGGAUCUAUGAUCAAAGCCAGCUCGAUGAAUAAUGAAACGCUCAGUGAUAUUUUGGAGGUUCUUGGCAGUAUCCCACGGAAGGUUGUCUGGAAGUGGGAGGAUGAAAAUUUGCCAAAUAAACCUAAGAAUGUUCUUAUUAAAAAAUGGCUCCCGCAGUCGGCGAUUCUUCGGCAUCCAAAUGUAAAAUGUUAUUUGGCUCACGGGGGUAUGCUGGGUAUCAGCGAGGGUGUAAGCGCCGGAGUUCCUAUGGUGGUUGUUCCAAUGUACGGGGACCAAUUCAACAACGCGGCGGCUGCAAAAAACCGCGGAGUUGCUGUUGUGUUGGAGUGGAACAGUUUUAACGCUAAAACUCUGAGAUCUGCUAUUGAUCGUGUGUUCAACGACUCUAGUUACCAGAAAAAUGCAAAACUGCUUCAAAAGGCCUGGAGUGACCGGCCCGAGACACCGCUGCAGACCGCGGUGUGGUGGGCAGAGUACAUUGCUCGCGGAAACGCCAGAAAUUUUCUUAAGUCUUCCACCAGCUCUCUGUCUUGGUACCAAACAGCUCUCAUUGAUGUCUGCGCCGCUUUUGCAGUGAUAUUUUUAAUAAUUGCAUUUGUUUUGUACAAAUUACUCAGCAUUUUAAUUAGAAAAUUUUUUACUACAAAAAAAAGUGAUAGUCGCCGUGAUAAAAAAAAUAAAUAAUUUUUUUGUAAUAAUAUUAAAAUAAUAAAAUUUGGAUAAAUUACACGUCAAGAAAUUAAUUAUUUAUCGAGAUAU